UUCAUUUCACAAACCCUAAUUCCCUAAUUCAAUUCCAUUCCCCCAAAUCAAUCUUCUUCUUCUUCUUCGAUCGAGCUUCUGCCAAUACAACAAUGGCGUCAUCCAUGGAGGAUGGCCGCCCCGAACCGAACCCCUCCUUCGCCAUCAGGUUCCCUCGCAGCGUCUCCACCAAGGAGUCGCCGCUCACCGACGCCGUCGUCCUUCCGCCGCGCCUCAGCGUCACCGGCGCCCCCUCCUUCUCCCUCCAAAACGACUCCUCACACCCACCCACCCCCCGCCUCUGCUUCACCCCCGACACCUCCAAGCUCGACUCCUCCGCCUCCGCCUCCGCCGCCGCGUGCCGCUGCAUCUCCUCCGUGCUGAAAAAGGACGGCCAGAUCCUCUGCAUCGCCGCCGCCAACGGCUUCGUCUACACCGGAUCGCAGAGCAACACCGUGCGCGUCUGGAAGCUUCCGGAGUUCACAGAGUGCGGCCAGCUGAAGACAAAGGCCGCCAUUGCCGUCGCCCUCCAGGUCUCCAACGACAGAGUUUACGCCGCCUACGCCGACUGUAAAAUUAGGGUUUGGCGCCGCACGUGGGAAGGCGUCGUCAAGCACGUGCGCCUCGCCACCCUCCCCACCGCCGGAAGCUUCGUCCGAAGUUACAUCCCCGGCAAGGAUAAAACAAAACACUUAGCUCCGAUAUCGUCGCUAGCCAUCAACGUAUCGGACAACAUACUAUACUCGUCAUCCCUCGACAAGACCGUCAAGGUAUGGCGAAUUUCCGACUCUAAAUGCAUCGAGACAAUCCAAGCCCACCCGGAGCCGAUCAAUUCAAUCGCCGUCGGCGACGACGGGGUGCUCUACACAGCCUCCGACGACGCCACGGUCCGGGUGUGGCGGCGGACCUUCAGCGGCGGCGCGUGGCCGCACUCCCUAACCGUCACGCUGCCAACAAAACACUCCCCGGUCAAAACCCUAUCUUUGACCCCUGACGGCGCCGUCCUAUACGGCGGCUGCACCGACGGGUACGUUCACUACUGGCUCAAGGGGUGGUUCUCCGGCCAGCUGCAGUACGGCGGCGCGCUGGCGGGGCACACGCACGCGGUCAUGUGCACGGCGAGCGUGUCGAGCUACUUGGUUAGCGGGUCGGCGGAUUGCACGUGCCGGGUUUGGGUUAGGGAGGCGGGUGGGGCCCACACGUGCGUUGCGGUUCUUCAGGGGCACCGGGGCCCGGUGCGGUGCGUGGCGGCGUUUCGAGGCCGGGCGUCGUUGGAGGAUAGUUCCGAGGACGGGUGCACAGUGUGCACAGGGGGCCUCGAUGGGGUGAUCAAGGUGUGGCGGGUGAGGAGCGGCGGCGCCGGAGAUGUCUGCGAGCCAGUACAGAAUGCUCGAGAAUAUUUCGAGCUAACGUGAACAUGAAUGUGGUGAUGAAUGAGUGUAGUCGAUAGAGAGUAUAUGAAUUAUGUUUAUAAUAGUAGUAUUUUUCGCGAUUAUAUAUUUAUUUUUUAUAAUUUUUUUUUAAUCAAUCUAAUAAAUAAUAUUGUUGGAGUUGUGCCGAAAUUUUUUUCAUGGAAAAAUGUUUAGAAGCUGUCGGUAGCCUUAGUUAUGGGUAUGACUAAGUGGAUUUUCUUGAUCCGAAACUAAUCUUGUGGCAUAAUACUAUAUCU